AUGGAGACCUGUUUGGAAGAAUUCGGCUCGGAGCUCUUAGAGCGACUGGAAGUCCAGGUCCUUGUGGAACUUCAGAAAACCGACGUCUCUCCUACCGCGGCGGUCCAACGACUCCUUCAGGCCCGCGAGAUCCCACCACAGAAGGGGGACGAGCCCCCGAGCAGCAAAAACGCAGGCAAUCAUGCGUGGUUUACGAUAUUCUCGCUCGUCGAGCUCGCAAGUCUCACCCCGGCUGCGCAGCAGGUCAAGCUCAUCGAGUUCGUCGCCCAGCUCCAAAAGAUCCCCGUCAUCGACCCGGCCACGGAGCAACAGCUGAUAGUGGCCGACGAUUUGAACGUAUGGACCGAUCUCCCCUACCGUCGCAUCUACCUGGCUGAUAGGUCUGGUUUCCGUAAUGUCAAGGGGAAUUACACAGAGGCAGAGGAGUAUCCCCCAGCCGAGGUCCAGGAGUGGGAGAAUCGGAACGCGUUCAUGGCGCAGUUGACGGCCGCGGCGGUUGAGCUCGGCCAUCCCAUGGACUUUUCGCUGUAUGGCUUGCGCGCGGCCUGUAUCUGGUUCAUUCAUGCCGGGGCGCGGAUGUGGGAGAAUUGUCAGGCGCGACAGGGGCUCGGGGAUCCACGCUAUUUCGACCUACCCCGAUUGCGGCGCUGGGAAGAAGGAUUGCGGACGGCACAGCGGGAGUUCACUCGGGAGAGUACACAGGAGCUGAUCCAGAAGGCAUUGACGGAACUCUGGGGGGCUCAGAGCAGGAUACACUGA